ACGAUCUUCGGAUGGGUAGUCCUCGGACCCCUCGUCACCGGAUCACCUCACGGAGAGAAGGUAGCUCUCCACGGAACAGCUGAUCAUGAGCUCCACGAGCUCCUCACCAUAUUUUGGAUUCAAGAAGAAGUCCCAUCCAAACCUUCUCAAGCGCUCACUCCGGAAGAGCAGGAAUGUGAGGCACACUUCGCUCGCACCCACUCUCGAGACUCCUCUGGGCGCUAUAUGGUGCGACUCCUUCUGCUGGGGCCUCGGACUCACCUCGGUGACUCUUACGAGACAGCUUUUCGAGCCCUUCGACGGAUUCAACGGCGCUGUACAGUCAACCAAGCAUUCGGACGCCUCUACAAGGAGUUCCUGCAGGAGUAUGAAGACCUCGGCCACAUGCAACCAGCCUCGGAAGCCUCCUUGGGCACCUCCACGAUCUUCUACCUCCCACAUCACGGGGUUUUAACCCCCAAGGGUUCUUAGCAGAAAUUACGGAUCGUAUUCAACGGCUCCAGCGCAACCUCAUCGGGAACUUCCCUCAACGACCUCAUGCACACGGGUGCUAAGCUACAACUAGAUAUCUCGGACGUCUUCCUGCGGUUCAGACGGUUCCGGUACGUGUUCACCACGGACAUCGUGAAGAUGUUUCGACAAGUUGCUGUACAUCCGGAUGAUUGGGACCUCCAGCGCAUCCUUUGGUCGGAUUCUCAAGGGAAGACGGUCAGUUAUCAGUUGACUAUGGUCACCUACGGCACUCGAUCGGUUCCAUUCCUGGCAGCAAGAGCUCUGCUGCAACCCGUCCAAGAUGAAGGUCACCGGUACCCCCUCGCGGUAGCUCCACUCCUCAAGGGUCGCUACGUGGACGACAUCCUCGGAAGAGGCGACACGGCCAAGGAAGCCGAGGCAGUCGCGUUACAGCUGACUCAGCUCUGUAUGGCGGGCGGGUUCCCGCUUCAAAAAUGGACCAGCAACUGUCCAGAGCUCCUCAAGGUUAUCUCCGGAGACGGCGAUACCUCUCGCUCUGUCUUGGACUUUUCCGAUCUCAGCACGAAGAUUUUGGGGUUAUCCUGGCAGCCUUUGGCGGAUCACUUCUGGUUCUCCGCUGCACUGACCUUUCGAAAUGCAGUGAAGAAACGGACCAUCUUCUCCGAAGUCGCACACCUGUUCGAUAAGCUCGGCUUCCUCGCAACCCUCACGAUACGGGCGAAAAUUCUCGUCCAGGGGCUGUGACUGGAGCAUCUUGGAUGGGACGAACCACUCCCUCCCACCACGGCUUUCCGCUGGACAACCUUCAGAACGGAGCUACAGGACCUCGUAGACCUCCACAUUCCUCGCUGGUUCAACCUCACCCCGCAAGCUCGAGUUGAGAUACACGGCUUCUCAAACGCCUCGCAACACGCAUUGGUCGCUCUCGUAUAUCUUCGGAUCUCAUCUUCUACGUCGCCGACGAUCCUCUCUCUGGUCUACGCCAAGACCAAGGUGGCGCCCCUCAAGAGACUUACCAUCCCUCGGCUAGAGUUGACGGCCGCUCUCCUCGCAAAGCUUGCGAGAUAUGUACGGGAUACCCUCGAGCUUUCCUCUGCACCGGUACACCUCUAGAUGGACUCCGCUGUCGCGCUGACUUGGAUCAGCCAUCACCCCUCGAGAUGGAAGGAAUUUGUACGGAAUAGAGUCGAGGCAAUUCAAGACGCCGCGCCGUACCUGCCGCCCGUUGGAAGUUCAUCUCAGGGCGAGACAACCCAGCUGACUGCGGAUCUCGGGGUCUAACACCUACCCAGCUGAAAAACCACACGCUGUGGUGGAUGAGACCAGACUGGUUGAAGGCACCUCCCCAGGAGUGGCCGACGGGUCAAUCAACACCUCAUCCAGACGCAUCAAUUGAAGAAAGACCUCAGGUAACCCACGUUGCCACAGUGGGCCAACACCCUUUCCUCCUGCACCUCAUUGAACGAUAUCCUUCCCUCACCCGACUCUUCAGGGUUGUUGCGACGUGCCACAGAGUGGCAGCGCGCCUCCGUCGAUUACCGAACUCCUCAUUGAACAUUUCUCUCUCUCCAAGGGACCUCGCGAGCGCACAGUCCUCCCUCAUCCGAGCCACUCAAGGCUUUCACUUCUCCUCUGAACUGCGGACUCCCCUCGCGGGCGGAACCCUCCCUCGAGCACAUCCGCUAUCUCGAUUGACCGCCUUCGUUGAACGUGAUGGCAUCCUCCGAGUUGGUGGCCGCCUUCAACACACACCUCUGGACUCUGACGCUCGACAUCCAGCGAUUCUACCCAAGGAAACAAUUUCGGCGGAUCUCGUCAUCAAGGACGCGCAUCUGCGCACCCUUCACAGUGGCACACAGGCGACCCUGGCACACCUCCCGCGAUCCUAAUGGAUUUUAGGCGGCCGUGCUCCGGUGAGGGCUCACAUCCUUCGAUGCGUACGAUGCGCCCGUUUCCGGGGCCUUCAAGCCGCGCAAUUAAUAGGCCAGUUACCUCCCGCUCGGGUCACUCCAUCAAGGGCCUUCCUCAACACCGGCGUGGGCUACGCUGGACUGGUGCUCCUCCGCACAUGGAAAGCGAGAGGAGCGAAAACCUUCAAGGGCUGGAUUGGGUAAUCUUCGUCUGCUUUGCCACCUCUGCCGUCCACCUCGAGCUGAUCUCGGACUACUCCUCGGACGGGGUCCUCGCUGCCUAUCGGAGAUUCGUCAGCCGUCGCGGCAUCUGGCAGACAUUAUUCAGCGAUUGUGGCACCAAUUUUCAAGGCGCCGACGCAGAGCUGCGACGACUGUUUUCCUCUGCCUCGAAGGAGCUCCACGAGCUGGCAGGACGGCUCGCCAAUGACGGGACCAAAUGGAAAUUCAACCCUCCAACAGCCCCUCAUUUCGGGGGAAAAUGGGAAGCAGUAGUCCGCUCCGUCAAGCACCACCUCCGGCGGACUAUUGGAGACACACUUCUCACCUUUGAAGAGCUCACUACCCUAUUAACUCAGUUCACCCAGAAGAACAAUAUGUCAGCAUUAAAAACCAUUUGGAUUUUUUCAUUUCAAACAAGAAAUACGACCAGCAGCAUCCUUCCCGCCAAUUGGAGGCAGCAGUGGAAACUGGAAAGGCGUUCCGCGAAUCGGUUGAUAAUUUGGCUAUGUUGUACAAUUUGAUAACAAAACAAAUUUUUUUGAACACAUUAAAUAUAUGUUUAAAUAUA